AUAAUAAUCGAGAGACCUUCGUAUUCUCCAAAGCAGAGUCAGAUAGGUUCAUUGUGAUUUUCCGUUCACGAUCUCAAUUGGUUACCUCGUUAGUGGAGAGCACAACUAUUAAGAGUGCAGGGUACUUCUCUCAUGGCGUAAGAACGUUUGCGUAGGCAGUGCGUGCGUUGGAUCAUCCUUCCUCUGGGACGCUUUACUUGACGAGUUCAGCCUCAGAUCCACCUUGAUUUCCACGCGUGACAGAGAUGGCAAGCAGGCGGUCUAUCUUUCACCUGAUGGCUCUACUCUGGUGGACACGGUUGGCCACAUGCAUGUCCCAAGGAGACCUACAAAGAAACUCGACAGGCACAGCGUCCGGCGGAAGCAGGAGCUCUAACUCAGCUGGCACAGCAGUUGGGAUUACCCUCACCAUGCUCAUCUUGAUAAGCGGUGGGGUGCUUGUUGCGUGGCUUUUCAAAACAGGAAGACUCACCAUGGAACGCAUAAGAGCAACAGCGGAAGACGCGUUAGCAAUGAUCAGGUCACGGCUGGGCAGAAAGGAAGGCGAGAACAUCGGCCAGCAGCGGGAUUCUUCACCCGAUCGUGGUGGAAGAGCGCCGGGUCAGAUCGAAGACUGUUCCUAUGCAUCUAUUGGAGCUGAGGCCAUCCCGUCUGCACCUCCUGUACCUGUACCAUCGUCGUCCUUACCGUCAGCUGCAGAUGGCAGUGGGCCGCCACCGUGGGCACGUCACGUGAGUGGUCAUGCUCCGGCUGCACCAGCGUUGCCAGAUGGGGACUACCUGAUGCCAGUGGAGGAGAGGAUGAAAUUCCAGAGCGAGGCGACAGCGCGACGUGAAUCCCAAGCCGUUUCGGAUUCCUACACUCCGGAGAAUGAAUACUUGGCGCCUGUGGAGGAGCUGCGUCGAGCCCAGGAUCGGUAUACGGCCUCGCCAAUCUCAGCAGCUGUGCGCAAGACACCCAAAACGGAGAGGUAUGCUGGGUCUGGAUUGCCUGCACUGCCCUCCGGACAUGGUGACCAUACCUAUGACCUGCCAGAACGAAAGUAAUCAAUUCGCACCCGAUGCCUAGGAAGCAGGCCGAGAUUCCAUCAAGGUCGAAAUUCAAAAUGGCUCUUUCUCGACCACUGCAUGUUUUCCCAUCCCAAUUUCAGUUCGGACAAUGAUCGAUUCCCACCACGGCUCCGCUGACCUCUUAGCGCGUCUGUUGCCAGUUCAGCCACUGCAGACGAUAAUUAUCAUUAUAAUUUUUGUUACUCUUUACAAAGCCGCGUUUUAGGUUGUUCAUUUUUUUAAAGAAUUCACUCAAGUGGACAUGUUUUUCGUGAGCGCUGUAUUAUUUUUGCUGUCUCUAUUUGACUUAAGCCGGAUGAACAGGCACUGCUGCCUUCUCGUCCAGCCAAUGUUGAUGAAGCAGUCCUGGGGUGGCUUUCACGCUUUUCUUCAGAUGUUUCCCGCUUCAACUCGCUCACAUUUCUGAUUCUCUUUUGAAAUGGCAAAGGAUAAUAUUAACGUAGAACGAAUGAUUUCAUUACAGACUUUUUAACCCUGGUGAA